AUGUAUCACCUGGCCAAGUCGCUGUACUUAGCCGCCACAAGCAAAGAAGAGUAUUCCGUUAUUCUGCUUGGAUUAGAUAAUGCCGGCAAAACAACUCUCCUCUCCCAAAUCAAGGCGCUCUACCAGCCUCGUCCUGAGGGUGCCCCAGCACCCAACCCCGGAAAAACCGUCCCCACUGUCGGCCAGAAUGUCGCAACGAUAGCCUUGCAUGACAUGAACUUGAAGAUUUGGGAUGUGGGGGGUCAGAUCUCAAUGCGCGGUCUUUGGCAGAGCUACUAUACCAGCUGCCACGCCAUCAUAUUUGUGGUUGACAGUGCCGACGUGGGUCAAGACCCUGACAUCACACGACUUGUUCGGCGCACAAGCUCGGUGGCAGGCCCAGUACGCAACAGCACGCGAGGGAGUGCAAGCACAGAGGCAUUCUCAGAACAAAAUGUCGGAAUCAACGCAGCCAGCAGUGAGUUCGGGCGAUUAGACGAGUGCCGUCAAGUCCUUGAGUCGGUUCUACAAAAUGCAGAUGUGGCUGGUGUUCCUAUCUUGGUCCUCGCAAACAAACAGGAUCGCGAAGAUUGCGUGGAAGUGGUUCGCAUCAAGGAAGGGCUUGUCCGAAAGGUUUUUGAAGGAGAGACAGGAAGCGGCGUCCGCGAUAGCCGCGUGCUGCCGGUCAGCGCGCUGCUUGGGUCUGGGGUUCAGGCGGCUGUUGAAUGGGUACAAAGUCGUGUUAAAUGGAACAAAGAAGGCCGACCUCCAGUGAUGCGUUAA